UAUAUUCAACUUUUUUAGUCAUGUUUCCUUCUGUUAACAGCUUUAUUUUCUAAAUCAUCCUAUUACAUAUUGAACGCUCGUUUAUUGCUACUCUUUACCAAACACUCAUCUUGCGCACCAUGCCGGAGCAUUUCCACGUGAACACGCCGCUGCUGGAGAGCGUCAGCAUGUCCAAGAUGGCGGGCACCGCCGUCUACCUGAAGAUGGAGAACUGCCAGCCGUCCGGCUCCUUCAAGAUCCGCGGCGUAGGACACCUCUGUCAGCAGCUCGCCAGCCGCUCCAGGGGAGUCGUGUGUUCUUCAGGUGGGAACGCCGGGAUGGCCGCGGCCUACGUGGCGCGGAAGAUGGGGCUGUCGGCGACUGUGGUGGUGCCGUCCUCCACCCCCCCGCUGGUGGUCCGCAGGCUGCAGGAGCAGGGCGCCGCCGUCAAGGUCACCGGGAAGGUUUGGGACGACGCCAAUGCCGAAGCUCUGAGGCUGGCGGAGACGGAGCAGCUGACCUUCGUUCCUCCGUUUGAUCACCCUCUGCUGUGGGAGGGCCACGCCUCGGUGGUGGCGGAGGCGGCGGCCGCCCUGGGCCCCGGGGCCCGGCCCGGCGCCGUGCUGCUGUCGGUGGGGGGCGGGGGCCUGCUGUGCGGCGUCGUCCACGGCCUGAAGGACGCCGGCUGGGCGGACGUGCCCAUUAUCGCCAUGGAAACGGUGGGGGCCGACUGCUUCAACGCCGCCAUCAAGGCGGGGGAGCUGGUGACUCUGGAUGACAUCACCAGCGAGGCCAAGUGUCUGGGUGCGAAGACGGUCUGCCGCAGAGCCUUUGAGCUGAGCCUGAGCGGCGAGGCGACCAUCAUCUCUGAGCUGGUGACGGACCAGGAGGCGCUGAGGGCCGUCCAGAUGUUCCUGGAUGAGGAGCGGGUUCUGGUGGAGAUGGCGUGUGGAGCAGCGCUGGCCGCCGUCUACAGCGGCCUGAUCCCCAGACUGCAGACCCAAGGCCGUCUGCCGACUCCCUUGCGCCCCCUGCUGGUGAUCGUGUGCGGCGGCAGCAGCAUCAACAUGGAGCAACUGAUCAGCCUCCGGCAGAAGCUGCAGAGCUAAAGCAGUGCAUUCUGGGAAAUGUGCCACCAGUCUCGUUGCUGAUCAUAAAGUUUAAUUAUUGCUGAUUUUCAUGAGUGAAGAAUCUGAGCCUGCAGUUGACCUUCUCAUCACAUGGUGGUGCUGUAGAGUCUGGUAGGAAACGAACUGUCUGCAGACGGAGGAUCUAAUGGGGCCGGUUUCUAUGACAACAGGAAGGAGACGCUCUGAUGAGGCCGUCAGCGGCUAUAAAUAGGAAGUCAGCAGGAGAAGCUGUGGCUGAAAUGUUCUGGUUCUGGAACAUCAGAACCAGAAUGUUGACUCCAUGUUGUCCCGCGGGACCAGCCUGGAGGGAACGGGUCAAGUUAGGCUAACGGAAAUCAGCUUCAUCCUGCCUGUGUUUAUCAAUGAAUUUAUUAAAAGACAAUAAACAGUU